UCGUCUUCGGUGACUCGGAGGAAAAAGUUCUUUGGGACUUUGAUAAACUGAUUAUUAGUUAGGGUUUAGACCACGAUGGGAACCUGCCGGUCGUCCUGGUUCGUUUAAAGUUUGGUUGUGUGUCCUCGAUGAUGGUUCGGUUAGCCUGCUGGACUUAAAGGAGGUCAAAGGUCAAUCCUCCAACAUGGCGGCAGCGUCAUAUGACCAGCUGUUGAGGCAGGUGGAAGUAUUAAAGAUGGAGAACUCCAACCUGCGACAGGAGCUGCAGGACAACUCCAAUCAUUUGACCAAGCUGGAGACUGAGGCCUCCAACAUGAAGGAGGUGCUGAAGCAGUUACAGGGCACCAUAGAAGAAGAGUCUGGAGAACCAUCUGGCUCUCAGCUGGAACUUAUUGAAAGGCUGAAAGAGAUGAGCCUGGACUCAGCAGGUUUUAAGAACAGAUCAAGGCCUCCCCUGCCCCCUUCAUCAUCAUCCAGCUUGACCUCCUCUUCUUCUGGAGGCUCUGGGACUCCGGGUCCACUAACCACAGCGGCCUUCCCCAGGAGAGGGCUGGCUUCUGCAGGCAGAGACAGCCACGACAGGUGUUUGGAAGAGCUGGAGAAGGAGAGGUCUCUCCUAUUGGCUGAGCUGGAGAAGGAAGAGAAAGAGAAAGACUGGUACUAUGCUCAGCUGCAGAACCUCACCAAGAGGAUUGACAGUUUGCCGCUCACUGAAAAUUUUACACUGCAGACGGAUAUGAGUCGACGGCAACUGGAGUUUGAGGCCCGUCAGAUCCGCUCAGCAAUGGAGGAACAGCUUGGUUCUUGUCAGGAGAUGGAGAGGAGAGCUCAGGUCCGUGUGUCUCGUAUUCAGCAGAUAGAAAAAGACAUCUUGAAGCUUGGAGCAAGACUACAGGUGGACAGAGGUCAGGGAUCAAGCGAUGGCAGUGGAUUGAUUGGUGCUCAGGCCCCUAGCAAUCGACUGGAUCACGAGCCACCCAAUGAAACAAACUACUCUGUGCCUCGACGAAUCACCAGCCACCUGGGAACUAAGGUGGAGAUGGUGUACAGCCUUUUGUCCAUGCUGGGGACCCACGACAAGGAUGAUAUGUCUCGGACGCUCCUCGCUAUGUCAAGCUCUCAGGACUCAUGUAUUGCAAUGCGUCAGUCUGGCUGUCUACCGCUACUCAUCCAGCUGUUGCAUGGCAAUGAUAAGGACUCUCUGUUGCUCGGUAACUCCCGUGGCAGUAAAGAAGCUCGUGCACGUGCCUCAGCAGCAUUACAUAAUAUUGUGCACAGUCAGCCUGAUGACAAGAGAGGGCGCCGUGAGAUUAGAGUACUCCACUUACUGGAACAGGUCCGCCAUUACUGCGAAGCUUGCUGGAGCUGGCAGGAGAACCACGAGAGGGACGUUGACCAGGAGGACAACCCAGUGCCAUCUCCAGUGGAGCAUCAGAUCUGUCCAGCCGUCUGCGUCCUUAUGAAGCUUUCUUUUGAUGAGGAACAUCGCCAUGCCAUGAAUGAACUUGGUGGUCUGCAGGCAGUGGCGGAGCUGCUGCAAGUUGACUGUGAGAUGUUGGGUCUGAGCAGUGAUCAUUACAGUGUGACGCUGCGGCGGUACGCCGGCAUGGCUCUCACAAACCUCACAUUUGGAGAUGUAGCCAACAAGGCCACACUGUGCUCUAUGAAGGGCUGCAUGAGAGCCAUGGUUGCUCAGCUGAAGUCUGAGAGUGAAGACCUGCAGCAGGUAAUAGCAAGUGUUUUGAGAAACCUUUCAUGGCGUGCUGAUGUCAACAGCAAGAAGACGCUGCGUGAGGUUGGCAGUGUGCGAGCGUUGAUGGGUUGUGCACUCGAAGUCCAGAAGGAGUCUACGCUGAAGUCUGUGCUGAGCGCACUUUGGAACCUAUCAGCUCACUGCACUGAAAACAAGGCAGACAUUUGUCAGGUGGAUGGUGCAUUAGCAUUUCUGGUGGGAACACUGACACAUCGCAGUCACACCAACACACUUGCCAUUAUCGAAAGCGGCGGUGGAAUCCUUCGAAAUGUCUCCAGCCUCAUCGCCACCAAUGAGGCACACAGGCAGAUCCUGCGUGAGCACAGCUGCCUGCCAACACUGCUGCAGCAUCUGAAGUCUCACAGUUUGACUAUCGUCUCCAACGCCUGUGGGACACUCUGGAAUUUGUCAGCACGUGACGCAAAAGACCAAGAGGCGUUAUGGGAGCUGGGGGCUGUUGGCAUGUUACGCAACCUCAUCCACUCCCGUCACAAAAUGAUUGCCAUGGGCAGUGCGGCUGCCUUGCGGAACCUGAUGGCCAACAGGCCAGCUCGCUAUAAGGAUGCUAGCGUUGUGUCACCAGGGGCUGGUGCUCCAUCAUUACAUGCUCGCAAGCAAAAGGCUCUGUUUGAAGAGCUCGAUGCACAGCAGCUUUCUGAGACUUUUGACAACAUUGACAAUCUCAGCCCCAAAGCUGCACACAGAAAGGGGCGUGGCUAUAAUGGUGUUGGAACAGGAGGGGGUGCAACACGUUCAUAUGCCAACACGCCGGUGCUGUCAAGCCCCAAAAAUGGAGAUUUAACAAAACGAACAAAUGAGGACAUGCCGUUUGCUCGGCCACUGUUUUCACCCAGCGUGCGAGCGUCUAGUGACAGCCUCAACAGUGUAACCAGUGCUGAUGGGUACGGGAAGCGUGGACAAACUAAACCGUCAUCAGAGCCAUUUUAUUCUUCGGAUGAAAGUGGUGCCAACAAGUGCUGUGUCUACAGGAAAUACCCAGCUGAUCUGGCACACAAAAUUCGCAGCGCUAACCACAUGGCAGAUGAUGAUGGCACAGAAAUUGAUACUCCAAUUAACUACAGCCUCAAAUAUUCAGAUGAGCAGCUGAAUUCUGGCAGACAGAGUCCGAACCACCGCGGUGGGAUUGAAAGUGACAAUGACGAACACGAAGUCCGAAUGAGGAGGAGAAAUGACAUGAGCGAUGCAGCAGCAAGUAGCAGCCGCAUGACAUCUGUGCCGCCACCACGCUAUAUUGUUGUCACAACACCGAGCUAUGUCAGCGAUUCAUCCACUGAGCAGCCCAUUGAUUACAGCCUGAAAUACGGUGCUUCUGACACUACUCACAUGCCACUUUAUAAGCCAGAAGAAGCCACUGCCCCCUCCCUCCCCCCUCCUCCUCCAGCCAACAAACUUCACCCACCAUCUAACACCACAAGUCGCGCAGUGCCAAAAAUCAACCAGGAAACACUGCAAACGUACUGUGUAGAGGACACGCCCAUCUGUUUCUCCCGCGGCAGCUCGCUUUCUUCACUUUCAUCGGAGGAGGAAGAGGAGAACGACGCCAUCAAAAGAAAGAAGAGAAGUGGUAGCGUCAUCAGUGGUGGUGGCACCAGCAGUGACUACCCAACACUUCCCGUCAGCGAGAAAGACUCACACGUGCAGCAACAGCGACAGCAGAAAGAAGCAGAGAGCCAAACAGCAGCAGCUGCCAUUCCAUCAACAAGGGGACGGCGAGGGCACCACCACCACCAUGGCCACAACAACCACCACCAUCACCAUCACAUGACUUCAUCUGGCACUAGGACUCCCAAAAGUCCACCAGAGCAGCCGUAUGCUCAGGAAACGCCACUGAUGUUCAGCCGGUGCACAUCUGUCAGCUCACUCGACAGCUUCUCCAGCCCAUCCAUUGUUAGCUCUGUGCGCUCCAGUGAGCCGUGCAGUGGUGUACCCAGCGGUGUGGUCAGCCCCAGCGACCUGCCUGACAGCCCAGGCCAGACUAUGCCUCCAAGCCGUGCCAAAACACCAACAUUACCCCCGGCAACACAGAAAACUGAAGAGAUUCAAAUAAAGAAGGAUGAGGAGAGCAGUACUGACAUCUUGUUGCACUUUGCUACAGAAAGUACACCACAUGGCUUUUCCCGAGCCUCCAGUCUGAGUGCACUCAGUAUGGAUGAACCCUACAUAGCAGCAGAGAUGAUGAAAGAAGAAGAGGAGGGAGGGAGUGAAGACAGGAGUGAGCAGCAGCAGUCUGUGGCUAAACCAGUGCUCGUUGAAUCCGAUGAUGAUGAUGACAUUGAGAUCCUGGAGGCAUGUAUUAAUUCUGCCAUGCCCAAGUCAACACGGAAACCAAAGAAACAACAGCAAACAACACAACGGAAACCCAGUCAACUUCCUGUCUAUAAGCUUCUCCCGCCACAAAACCGGACCCAGUCCCAUCAGAGGAAGGAUGUAGCACCACCUCCGGAAGAGGUUCCACAGGUAUACUGUGUGGAAGGGACACCACUCAACUUCUCUACCGCCACAUCACUUAGUGACCUCACCAUUGAUUCACCCCCUAAUGAGGAAGUAGCAGCCUCGACGCUGAUACCUUUAGCUUUGUCCACUUCAUGCCAGAGAAGACCAGCUGGGCUGCCUGAAGGUGAGAAUGGUGAUGACAUCCUGGCCGAGUGUAUUAGCUCUGCCAUGCCAAAAGCUAAGCCCAGGAUUCUGAGUCGGGUUGCAGCUAAUGAUGAGCACCUACAAGCUCCACCUCGUCCUCCUCCUCCUCUCAGUCAACAGCAGCAGAAGAAAAAGCCAACAUCGCCGGUCAAGCCGAUGCCUCAUGGGGCAGCAUAUGGCAUCCUCGCAGCCAAAGCAAAACCAGGGUUUGCCUUUGACUCCCCGCGUCACUACACACCUAUAGAGGGCACACCAUGUUGUUUCUCACGAAAUGACUCACUGAGCUCACUGGACUUUGAUGAAGAUGAUGGUGGUGAAAAGGAUGAAGAAAAGAAAAAAGAAGACGCAAGGAAGCGGAAGCAGCAAACAGCAGCUGUUGUUCCAAGAUCAAAAACAACACCAAAUUCAAUAGCAACAGAUGAGAAGCAGAAAUUUGCCAUUGAAGACACACCUGUAUGUUUCUCCCGUAACUCCUCCCUCAGCUCAUUGAGUGACAUUGACCAGGAAAACAACAACAAGGAGUUUGCACCACCACCUGAGCAAGAAGAUGUCAAUAAACCAAAAUCACCAUCUGCAGAGUCCAAGCCACACGUUCCUGUGGCCAGUGGCUACACUCCCAAAGCCUUCCAUGUGGAAGACACACCUGUGUGUUUCUCUAGAAACUCGUCUCUGAGUUCGCUGAGCAUCGAUUCGGAGGACGACCUGCUGCAGGAGUGCAUCAGCUCUGCCAUGCCCAAGAAGAAGAAGAAAGCUGCUGCUGUCCACACUUCACUUACUGUUCCGAAAUCCGAUGACGGCAUUCUAGCUGAAGAGGAGCCCUCUGAAGUCCCACGAAGCCCUGCCUCCCCUGAUUCAGAGACUUUUGAUUGGAAAGCCAUUCAAGAAGGUGCCAACUCCAUUGUCAGCAGUCUCAAUGCUGCUGCAGCUGCUGCUUCAUCUCUGUCACGCCAGCCUUCAUCAGACUCAGACUCAGUAUUGUCACUCAAGUCUGUGGGCUCCCCGUUCCGCCUGCCGGUAGGAAACAGCGACGCAGAAGAGAAGGAGGAAGAAGGUCAGGAGACAAUGGGGGUGAAACGUGGGGCGAGGAUUCUUAAGGCGGGAGAGCGUAGCACCCUAGAGGUCAAGAAAAAGGAAGAAGAGGAGGAUGAGACAAAAGCAGUGAGAGGUGGGAAGAAGGCAUAUAUUAGUCUUAUUACUGGGAAACCGAGAACAGAGUCAGCUGUGAGGGGGCGGAGCAAGCCCCGAGCAACAGCAGCAAGUAAUGCAAAAGCUCCCGGAAGCAACAGUGCUGCAGAGAAAGCAGGCACACCGUCACGGGACACAACGCCAUCUCGCUCAGCAACAGCAACCAAUCAGAAAGGAGGGAAGUUGUCUCAGCUACCACGGACGGCAUCUCCAGGAAGUGCUGCUGUUUCUUCUGCCUCCAAGAUAAAGCAAGGGGGGGCGGCGAGGAGUAACGGUGCCAUCCUCAGGAGUGAGUCUGCCUCGAGGUUGAGCAGCUCUGUGGCAGCUAAAAAGCAGAAGGCGGAGCCAGAGAAGCCAGCGCUCGUCCGUCAAUCAACGUUCAUUAAGGACGCACCAAGUCCAACGCUGAAAAGAAAGCUGGAGGAAUCUGCAUCUGCUGCUUCAGCAGCUGCGCUGGACUCGCCGUCCAGUCCAGAUACACCGCUGCCAGCUGUGACAAAGAAGCAAGACAGUAGCCGCUCCCACUCUGAAAGCCCCUCACGUCCACAUGAGGCGGCAGCAUCAAGGUUCAGUCGCACAGGCACGUGGAAGCGGGAACAUGGUACGAGCGGUGCAGGAAACAGUGGGAAACACUCAACAUCACUGCCAAGAGUUGGAACGUGGAAACGGACAGGAAGCUCGUCUUCAGUGUUAUCUGCAUCAUCGGAGUCCAGUGAGAAGGGGCGAAGCGAGGAGGAGUCAGCUGUGAGAGCAAAAGGAACAUGGAGGAAGGUUAAAAGCAACACCAGCGAUACAUCGGCUGAACACAGUCUUUCUGACAAAUCAGAAGACGUGUGGGUGCGGCUUGAAGAUUGUCCAGUUAACAACCCGCGUUCCUCAUCAGCAUGCUCUUCUUCAGCUGCAGCUCACUCGCCAACCGCCAUCCCCCCAGUGAUCGAUUCGAGCAAGCUCCCCUCCUGUUCGUCUUCCUCAUCAAAUCUCAAUCUGCAACGAAGCUGUGAGAGCCUCAGUGACAAACCACUACCGCAUUCUGAGCGCCAGCCACAGCAGCGAGCUCAGCAGCGCAGUGGUGCUGUGGCGGCUCGAGUCAGCCCAUUUAAUUACACACCCAGCCCGAGGAAAAGCAGCACUGAUGGAACCGCCACAUCGUCAACACCUGCAGCAAGGCCAUCUCUCAUCCCAACACCAGUCACCAAAAAGCGGGAGCCCAAAAGUGAUGAAGGCAGUAAUGGUGGUGGUGGGGAACGCGGAUCUUAUAUCGUCACAUCAGUCUGAAAAGGAAAUGACUUGGACGCUUUGUAAAUAGAUAGCAAAAUGUUCUGUACAGGUUGUAUGUAUUUAAAUGAAAGCCCCGCCCUCUCUGUCCCAUUUGCCCGUCGUCAGUUGGGAUAGGCGUUUAGCUCUGUCCAGCUUGUGCCUGUUUCCCUGCAUGGUCCCGCCUCCUGCUAUAAUAAUGACAGUAACUGUGGUGACAUGAUGGUAACAAUGUUUCUGGUAGCUGUAGUGACUGAGCUGUUUUUGUUUUAUGUUUUUCUUACUGACGAGCAUAUUUUAAUUAAAAUUAAGAUCCAUUUUUAU